UUAAAAGCUAUCUGUUCCCUGGACCUGGUCCGACAGCCCUAUCGCCCUCGCUGUCUUUCUCCUUCAUUCUUUCCUGGUGGGGCUUGCAGACACUGUCUAGACAUGUCGGACACAGAGGAAGUGGUGGAGGUGGAGGAAGCAGAGGAGGAGGUGCAGGAAGAAGCACCACCGCCUGAAGUGGAAGUGUCGCCCCCUGCUGAAGAAGAGCCCGCUCCUGAAGUAGAAGAACCACUUCCUGAAGUAGAAGAACCUCCUCCUGCUGUAGAGCCGCCUCCAGCUGUAGAAGAAGCACCUCCUGAAGUUGAAGAACCUCCUCCUGCAGUUGAAGAGCCACCUCCAGCAGAGGAAGAGGAGGAAGCCCCUGCUGAGGAAGCUGAACAAGUUGAAGAUGUGGGGAAAACAAAACCAAAGGGAUUUAUGCCAAACAUUGCACCUCCUAAGAUUCCUGAGGGAGACCACAAAGUGGAUUUUGAUGAUCUCCACAGAAAGCGUCAGGAGAAGGACUUGACUGAGCUUCAGGCUCUGAUUGAGGCCCAUUUCGUCCAGAGGAAGAAGGAUGAGGAGGAGCUUCUCGCCCUCGUCAGCAGAAUUGAGAAACGUCGCGCAGAGAGGUCAGAGCAGCAAAGGAUCCGUGCAGAAAAGGAGAAGGAGAGGCAGGCUCGUCUCGCUGAUGAGAAGGAGAGGAGGGAGAUGGAGGAGCAGCGCAAGAAGCAAGAUGAGGAUGCCAAGAAGAAGAAGGCCCUCACCAACCUCACCUCACAGCACGGAGGCCUGCAGCAGAAGCAAACUGAGGGUCGCAAAGGGGCUAAGAAGCAGACAGAGAGGGAGAAGAAGAAGAAGAUCCUGGCUGACAGAAGGAAGCCUCUCAACAUCGAACACCUGGACGAAAGCAAACUCAAAGAGAAGGCCACGGAGAUGUGGCAGUGGAUGAUGGAGCUGGAGGCUGAGAAGUUCGACCUCCAGGAAAAACUGAAGCGACAGAAAUAUGACAUGAAUUUACUGCAGACCCGUAUCAAUGAACAACAGAAGUUUGCAAAAGGUCGCGGAAAGAGCAAGAUGGCUGGGCGCCUGAGGUGAAGAGAUGGUGCUAUGCGGUUUCCAAGGAAACAAAGAAGAGGCUGAGCUCUCCUUCUAAUAUCAGCGUUUACCGUACUGUGGCUGCGAUGCAACUAUACUGUCCAAUCACACAUGUACAAGUAAUAAACACUAUGUUGCUUUUUGUUGUGGUA